UUUUUUUUUAAAACUAAUAUAUCUUAAUGGAGCAUAGCUGGUUACAAUUAUUCGUCUUCAAUAUAUGAGAAGUAAAUAGAGCAAGACUAAAUAAGUGGACCUAUUUGGUUUACGUUGAUUUAACUGUGUAGUUUAUUGACGAAACGAAAGAAAACUCGUCCAAGCUAAAUUAGUCGAGCUAAAUAAGAGUUCUUACCUUUUAGAUUUUUAUUUAUGCAUUUCCCACAAGAACAUAAUUGUGUGUGAUACGAAGGAAAUUCAAUAACCCCAUCCCUUCCUCCUUUUAAGAUAAGUUCCAAACUUCUUUACAUGUGAAAAUAAUAAUAUUCUUUUUGACUUUUGUGCAUUUCACUCUUCCCAUUAUUAAAUAUUAUUUAGCAUCACUUGUUUCUUACAAGUACUUUUUUUUCCCAUUUAUUCUUUUCUUUUUCUUUUUUCGUUUUUCUUUGUGCAUAAAAUGUCAAUUGAGCCCAAACUUGUAUCAAAUCUUUUACUCCCUGAACUUGAACGACAAUUAAAGGAAGAUAAAAACCUUUGGCCUAAUGUUAAAGGCCUUUAUGUUAUCACUGUAAUGAAAAGGAAAAAGGUUGCUGCUACAUGGUAUCUUGUGCUUCAAGGCAAUGAAAUUAUGCCGUUAAUUACUACAUCUGAAGAAAAAACACGGGCUGGUAUCAAAAGCAAACUUAAAACUGUCAAAAUUCAAAUUGAUGAUGCAGAUUUAUUGAACUUUAUUAUUGGAGGUAUGACAGGAGUUAGAGCCUAUAUGACCGGCAAAAUCAAAGUAAAAGGCGACCUUUUGUUAGCACAAAGGUUAGAAGAAGUUUUUGAGAAGCUUGAUGGUAGAGAGAGAGCUAUUGAGUUUGUUAAGAAUAAUGAACAAGCGUUAUCUAACAUUAAUAAAGCUAAGAUAUAAUUUUUUUUUUUU